GCGUCCCCUGCUUGGCACAGAAACUUUUCCCUGCCGUCUUUAUUUCCUGUUUAGGAACAGCUCCUCCUCUAUGUGUCUUCUCUUAUGUCUGCUGUCUGUCUCUGUGUCUGUAUUUGACAACACUGUUCUGUCUUUGUCUUCACUGUUGUCUCCGGCUCUUUUCUUUACACACGGACUCACCCCCCGACUCCGACGCUCAGCGAGGACAAGGGUCCGUUGACCCGGACAGGGAGCAGGGAGCCGGUCAGAGCUGUCAGGGGGAACCGCUGUGUCUUUGAAAAACACUGCUGCUAAUGCUUGUUAGCCAGCGCUGCUAGUCGGGUUAGUGAACCGGGGUUAGUCACAAUCGUUGACCUCCUGCAUUACUGCUGUUCUAAAGCUAAAAUAGCUAAUUAAAUCAACUGCUCACCUCCAACAAACCGGGUUUACACAAUUUCAAACCGUUAUUACAUCCGAUUUAAACGGUUAAAAGAUAUCGUUGAUCCGAGUGAAACCAGGGUUUACGUUACAUUUUAAGCAUUUUGAACGGGUCCAUUGCUUAACUUAGUCUUAUAGCCAGUACCGUAUGUUCUUCAGUUGGUUCCCAAGUGUGCUUUAUUCUGUUAUUUGUUCAGGAAAGCUGGUAAAUUAUCCGUUACUUCAAUGAGGUUCCAAAUGGUGGUUGACUGUGGUAAAGAGAAUUAGACUUCAUUCCAUGUUUAAAUCCAAGCUGGUCUUGAAGUUUGUUUUACUGCUGUGGAUGCAGUGUCUACAUGACGCCACCUCACUCAGACUCGUUUGGUGAUCCUGAGAAAGUGGUCUAAAACUAACCUCCUGUUCUGGGAUAUAGAUGUAGUACACUCUGUGGGUUGGUCAGAAACCAGUGGUAGGUAGUCCAGACCUAAACCCUGGUCUGGAUCAUAAGUGUCCUUAUUUGCCUUUGGUAUUUACCUAUUUAGAGGUUUAUCUUUCAUCAGGUUUUGAAUGUGGUCUUGUCUGGAUUUGGGGUCUGGUUUAGACAAGUUUUAUUUCUGGUAUGUCCUGGUUUUCUUUUUGUAUUUGUGUUGAGGUUCAGUUAGUCCCUGGUCUCACGGUGGUUUAGUUCUCAGUCAAAGUGGCGCUUUAUCCUUGGUGCUGCUCACGAUGGCAGAUCUCCAGCAGACCCCCACUUCACUCUGCUGCUGCCGGAAAUCACCUCCAGCCUCUGGGGUCAACUGUGUGGGGGACUCUAGAAGCCGACCCUCACCAGGUCUUCGUCCUGGGUCUCCACGAUGUCCAAUGGUGGAUGUGGCUUCAGCAUCUAACUUCAGGUGCUUCCAGCUGAGACACUUCCACCUGGACCUGAGGUUGAACUUUGCUUUAAAGGAAAUCAGCGGCUGGCUGGUUCUGGACCUGAUCAUGGUCCAACCCGGAGUCCAAAACCUCAUCCUGGACUCCCAUCCUUCUUUGUUGAUCCACUCCAUAGACUGUAAGCUCCCAGGAUCAGGACAGGAGGAGCCCACCUCUCUCACCUACUGCAUCGACCCCUUUACUGAUUAUGGAUCGUCACUCAACAUCAGCCUACCAACUGCUGUGAAACCAGGCCGACUGAUCCAGGUCACAGUCCGCUACACCACCACAGACGGGCCGGCGAUCUGGUGGCUGGACACGGAGCUGACUUGUGGUCAGUCUCGUCCCCUCGUCUUCACUCAGGGUCACUCUGUGUGUAACCGCUCCUUCUUCCCGUGUUUUGACACUCCUGCUGUCAAGAGUACAUACACAGCUACUGUCAGAGUCCCAGAUGGAAUGACGGUUCUUAUGAGUGCCUCUCGCAGCUCCUAUUCCAAAUCGGACCGGGUCUUCCAGUUCUCCAUGGACUCUCCAGUGCCUUCAUACCUGGUGGCGUUAGUGGUGGGGGAGCUACAGCAUGUUGACAUUGGACCAAGGAGUCGAGUUUGGGCAGAACCAUGUUUGCUGUCCUGUGCGGUGAAGAAGCUAGGGGGCAGCAUGGAGCGCUGGCUAAAUGUGGCUGAGCAACUGUUUGGACCGUACCUGUGGGGAAGGUGUGACAUUGUGUUCCUUCCACCUUCCUUCCCCAUCGUGGCGAUGGAGAACCCCUGCCUCACCUUCAUCAUCGCCUCUAUCCUGGAGAGCAGCGAGUUCCUGCUCAUCGACGUGAUCCAUGAGAUCGCGCACAGCUGGUUUGGAAAUGCCGUCACAAAUGCCACCUGGGAGGAGAUGUGGCUGAGCGAAGGCUUGGCUACGUACGCACAGAGGAGAAUCACCACGGAGGCAUAUGGUGAGGAGUUUACCUGUCUGGAGACCGUUGUGCGUUUGGAUGCCCUCCACAGACAGCUGCGUCUCCUUGGAGACAACAACCCUGUGAGCAAACUACAGGUCAAACUAGAGCCAGGUGUAAACCCCAGCUCUUUAAUGAACCUCUUCACCUAUGAGAAAGGUUUCUGCUUUGUGUCAUAUCUGGCUAAGCUGAGUGGAGACUCUAGUCGCUUUGACUGCUUUCUAAAGGAUUAUAUUUCGCAGUUUAAGUUUCAGAGUGUCGUUGCCCAGGACCUCAUCGACUACUUCCUGGAUUAUUUCCCUGAGCUGCAGGAUGUAGCCCACCAAGAAGGUCUGGAGUUUGAACGCUGGCUCAGUGGCUGUGGACCUCCUUUGUAUGAACCAGACCUUUCAGCAGGGGGCGCUCUUAUUCAGCCAGUUCAGGAACUAUGUGAUCUGUGGAGGAGUCGCAACCCCCCUGACACACAGAGCCUGACAACCUUUGAUCUUUUAGGCUGGAGCACCUUUCAGAUCGUCCUCUUCUUAGAUCGCCUGCUGGACCACUCACCUCUGCCACAAGAUGUGAUGCAGCGCCUCUCAUCGUCAUACUCGUCCUUGUUUGAUGACCUGAAUGCUGAGGUUCAGAUCCGUUGGCUCCAGUUGGUCGUCAGGAACACCUUCUAUCCAGACCUGCAACGUGUUCGGGCCUUCCUGCACAAACAUACGUCCAGGAUGUACACAGUGCCGCUGUAUGAGGACAUGGUUGCUGGGGUCAUGAAGUGUGCGGCUGUGGAAAUUUUCUACCAAACUCAGUCUCGCCUUCAUCCAAACUUAAAACGGACCUUACAACAAAUCUUGUUCCAGACUAGCUCCACCCCUGUCAAUCAGAACGAGCCAUCUCCUUCCAUCAAUAUCACUUCUUCCUCCUCCCACACCCCACCUCCCCCACAGCCUGGUACGACAACACCUGCUAAUGCAAUAGCUCUGAGGGACAUGAAUGUGUUGGCGUGAGGAUUAAGGCUAUGAUUGGUUCAUCAGUCAGCUGAUGAUGCCCCGAGGGGCUACAGAGUGAAAUUGAACUCAUGUUUCCAUCUGAUUAUUUACAUAGAAAUAAGAAAAUAAUAGAAAGUGAUGUGGAAGACAUAAUCGUAAACCUAGAAUAAUUAAAUUAAUGUAAACUUGUUCCUGAUGAUUUUAUACAGAGCAAUUCUUAACCUGGGAUAUCUUAAGAUAUCUGUGCUAUUUUUAUCUUAUUUAAUUUUCUGUAAAGAAUCACACGUAUUUCAGCUCGAAGUCUUUCUUGCAGAAUCUCCUGCUCAUCCAGAUUUCAUGUUUUUUGUCCUUGAUCUUUAGUUAACUCCAUAUGUAUUCUAUUGAAUUUAACUCAGGGUGUAGGUGUAGGUCAAUCAGUAUUAUUUUUAUCUUUGCCUUCAGAAAGAGUUGUUCAUGUAGAUUGUCAGUCAUCCAGGUUAUUUUAUCUAAGUUCAGAUGUAAGGAACUGAACUGGCCUACUUUAGAAAUAGUGCUUAAUAAAAAGUUUGCUUCAGGUCAUCGUAGUUUACAGACAAAAUGACAAGAGGUACAGUUUGAAGUUUUAUUUUAAGGAUCAUGUUUUUCUAUCUUUAUAUGAACUUAAGUCCUCGUAGGAUUCACAUUUUUAAAGCUUUGAAGAAUUCUUUCAGUUAAAGUUAAUAUAUUAGAAAAUAUUUUACACUGUAAUAUUAAUUCUUUGCUCUGUAUAAAAUCUAUUUAGGAAAUUAUUUUAAGAAUUCUAUUUUCUAAAGGGGCUGAUGAUGCAGCCCAUAUAAUGGGCAGCAAUACAGCCGUUUGUGUAACAUGCAUGGCUCUGAUUGGCUGAUUGUUAAUAGGCUGAGUUAAGAAUCAUGAUUAAAUGAUAGAUUUUACCUAGUCAUAUAAUUUCACACUUUUUAAAACAUACUGUUAAAACUGGAAAUGCACCACAGCAUUUUUGAAACACAUGACCAGUAAGAAGAAACCAGCAGAAUUCACCUGAGUGGCCUUCAUGAUGCCUUCACUGACAUGUUUCAGUUGUUGUAUUAACAGCAAUAAAGACUCUCUUCAGGUUGUUCCUGAUCAGUGCCAAUCACUCUUGGAUCCCUCUGCUAACACUGUAGCAAUAAAAAAAAAAUCAAUAUGUUUAAAUUAAUUUACAUGUUAAUAAUGAGUGAAAAUGUAUUAAGAUUUUUUCAGCUUCUCACAGGCAUACCGUGCAGCUGUGAACAUAAAUUAAAAAGGUCUGAGAUUUUAUUUUAUUAGUUUUUAUUUUACAACAUAAAAAUGAGAGCCUUUGGGUUUAUUUUAAGAAAUCCCUGCAUUAAGUGUCAUCUUUUAGUGUCAUCUACUGACUCAGACACAGGUUCUGGUUGAAUUAAAUAUCAUUAAACAGA